AGUUAGAGUUUUCACCAAGUAACUUUUAUAUUCCUUUUGUGUUACAGGUUCAAUCUAUCACCGGUCAUAACAUCACUCUUAACGUUCAAGCAAAUGGACCUCAGUUAUUAGAAGAAUUUUGUCGGUGGCAGGCUGGAUUCAAUCCUAUCAAUGAUGCUCACCCUGAACACUGGGACAUCGCUACUCUUAUUACUAGAAAAGAUUUAUUCAAAUUAUCAGGGACCUACCGUGAUACUAACCUACUUGGAAGGGCAUAUAUCGGGACUACAUGUCAACGCUCAUUACAAUGUUCAGUAAAUCAAGAUGAUGGUCUUACUACAGGAUCGGUUAUUGCUCAUGAAACAGGACAUAAUUUGAAUCUCCACCAUGACCCUGACUAUGGGUGUAAUAACGGACAUCAUGUCAUGUCAUCAGCCAGACCUGUCGGCGUGCAGUCUUUCAAGUGGUCGCUCUGCAGUGCACAGCAAAUCAAAAUCUUUCUUACUAAUCGGCUAUCAUCUUGCCUCAAUGAUGCACCAAGUAUUGACCAUCCGGAAGUAGACUUAUUAGUCGUGGAUGACCUUCCGGGUCAACGAUACAGUCUCCCUGACCAAUGUCAGUUGGCCUAUGGAGCUAGCUCAACCGUGUGCUCACAAUCUGUAUGUGGUAGUCUAGGGUGCCAGGAAGGGGGUUAUUGUCAUUAUUCUGGAAUCAUGAUCAUGGAGGGAACGACCUGUGGUCCUGAUAAGUGGUGUGUAAGCGGUAAGUGUGUGCCAGUCAGCGAUGGACUACCAGGCCCUGUUGACGGUGGUUGGUCGGAAUGGGAACCUCACUUUAGUGAAUGUUCUAGAUCUUGUGGAACAGGGAUUCGAGUUAGAAAGAGAAAGUGCAACAACCCUACCCCCGUGUACGGAGGUCUGGCGUGUCAAGGUGAAGGGCGGGAUGUUCAGCUUUGUAAUAUGAUGCCGUGUCACAACGUAACAUUGGAUGAUUAUAAAAAUGAGCAAUGUGCUGCAACAAACGGCUUCAAAUUCAACAAUCAGUACUACACGUGGAGAGCCUUUUUAUCAUCGUUGCUCAAAGGUAACAAUGCUUGUAAGCUUCAAUGUAUAUCAAAUGCAAACUUCUACGCCCUUCGUGAACCAGGGAUGUAUGCAGACGGUACACUAUGCUGGCAUCAUGAAAUUGGAGAUCAAAGACUCACAAAAGCCUGUGUCGACGGAAUUUGUAAGGAGUUUGGCUGUGAUGGAGUGAUGGGCUCUGGGCGUAUCAAAGAUGUAUGUGCUAAAUGUGACGGCUCUGGAAGGACGUGUAAGAGACACAUGGGAAGAAUAAGAAACGUCGGAGCAGUGCAUGAUUUUAAGACAUUUCUUCAAAUUCCAGUGAAUUCGACAGGAAUCAAGAUUACGAAUCAGAAUCUUCGAUACACCCAUAUGUCGGUUGAAGCCGACGGUGAGAUAGUAUUCCGCGGCGAGAUGUUCAUCCCUCCUCUGAGCCAGCGAUACAGCCACAGUGGUAUGGUCAUCAAGUAUCUAGCUGAUGCCUUCCAUAACAGAGAGCACAUCUGGGUACUCUCCGGUCCCACCACUGCUGUCCUGGAUGUAUCCGUGAUCUUACUACACAAUCCUAGAUACCUUGGGAGUCGGGUCAAACCGGAUAUCACAUGGGAAUACUACGCUCCUGUUUCUGAAACCGUCUUCUACUAUUGGCAGCAUGAAACUGUCAGUGGGUGCUCAGUGACGUGCGGAGGAGGGAUCAAAAGCAGACGAGUCUUUUGUGUUGAGAAUAUUGGAGGUGUAGCAGCCGAAGUCAGUGAUUUAUUUUGUGACCCAUCUAAGAAGCCUUCAGAGCAUCGUACUUGCUCCAAUCAACCAUGUCCAGUACCUAUAUGGGUUGUUGGACAAUGGAGUCUAUGCUCAGCGACAUGUGACGUGGGAAGGAGAAAACGUGCGAUAGCGUGCCUCCUGAAUACGACGGGGGAACCAGUGCCUGGAUUGUGCGAUCCGGACCUCCAACCUGCAACCGAAGAACAGUGUGUUGAGGCACCCUGUCCCAGACCUACAUUGGAUGAUAAUGUUGAUAUCAGAUGUAAUGGUAUGACGAGAAGAAAGAAUGGAUACAUUGAUCAGAUAAGCAGAUCUACUGGUGGUGAUUCGUGUACUGCUGUUAUCGUAGCUCCUGUUCAUAAAGAUCUUAUUUUCACCAUUAAACAGAUGUAUAUAGACUGUGAUGCAGGUGAAUCAUUAGAAAUAAGAAUAGGGGAGGAGAGAAGGAGAUUUUGUGGUAAACAAUACCAAGUAACUAUGAAAACAGAGAGUAAUGUGAUAUCGAUAGAACAUAAAACACAUAAACAAGGACAUGGAUAUCAACUUCUUUAUCAUUCAAGAAAGAGUCGACAUAAAAAUGACUGUGAUCAACUAAUAACAGAUAGAAAGACUAUCGUUACGAGUCCGGAGUGGCCUUCUAAGUACCCAAGUAAUAUGAAUUGUACCUAUAGGUUUAUAGGGGAUCCUGGUAAGAGGAUUACUCUCAGGGUUAAAGUAUUCAAACUUCAAGGAAAGGAACCAAGAUGUAAACAUGAUAAAUUAGAGAUGUUGGAUCUCUUAACGGGUGAGAAGGUAGCACGAUGUGGAUCAUCACCUUCCAAAUACAGCCUUCGACUGUCGGGAUACGAUGGAUUAAUGCGAUUUACUUCAGACGAAACUGUACAGAUGGCUGGAUUCAAAAUAAUCGUAUAUAUCAAAUAAAAUCAGGUUAAACCAAAUCAUCGAUUCACUCGAUGGAUAUGCCAUACAUCCUCACGGUAGAACAAAUGUUUUAUUCCGUUUUUGUCUCACCUGCAUAGCAGAGUGAGACUAUAGGCACCGCUUUUCC